UCCGAAGCCGCUUAUUUGGGUGGUAAACACGUUGCACUUUCCGGGGAAUUUGUUACAAUUCGCAGUCAGUAGUCGUUUGACAAAAUUUGAAAAGAAUAAAACAUACAAUGGCCAAUGUGGAGCGCAAAGGCACCUUUAAGGUGGAAUAUCUACAGAAAAUCGAGCGCGAGGUGCAACAGCGUUGGGAAUCGGAGCACUUGCACGAAACUGAUGCGCCCAUCGAACCAAAGCAGCGUCAGGAUGAAAAGUUCUUUGUGACAUUUCCCUUUCCCUAUAUGAAUGGUCGCCUGCAUUUGGGUCACACCUUUUCGCUGUCGAAGGCUGAAUACGCGGUGCGCUAUCAUCGGCUGAAGGGACGUCGUGUGCUUUGGCCCUUUGGCUUCCAUUGUACCGGCAUGCCCAUCAAGGCCUGCUCCGACAAGCUGAAGCGCGAGCUGGAACAGUUCGGCUAUCCGCCCAAGUUUCCUGAGACAGUGGAUGAGGUACCCGCCGCUGCUGAUGGUCCGUCCGAGGUGCCAAAGGACAAGUCCAAAGGCAAAAAGAGCAAGGCUGUAGCCAAGACGGGCGCCGCAAAGUAUCAGUGGCAGAUUAUGCAGAGUUUGGGUUUGAAAGACGAGGAAAUCAAACAGUUCGCCGACAGCGAGCACUGGCUGAACUAUUUUCCACCGCUGGCUGUGCAGGAUUUGAAGCGUAUUGGCGCGCACAUCGAUUGGCGUCGCACAUUCAUCACCACGGAUGCGAAUCCCUACUUUGAUUCGUUUGUGCGCUGGCAGUUCAAUCACCUGAAGAACCGUGGCAAGAUCAUGUAUGGCAAACGUCAUACGAUCUACUCGCCAAAGGAUGGACAACCGUGCAUGGAUCACGAUCGUUCCACAGGCGAGGGUGUGGGCCCGCAGGAAUAUACGCUGAUCAAAAUGAAGGUUCUGCAAGCGCCCAAGGAAUUGAGUGCCAUCAAGCAACCCAUUUACUUGGUGGCGGCCACACUGCGUCCAGAAACCAUGUACGGUCAAACCAAUUGUUGGCUGCAUCCGGACAUCAAGUACAUUGCCUGGCAAACGACGCGUAACAAUGAAGUGUGGAUCAGCACUCGCCGAGCCGCACGAAAUAUGGCUUAUCAGGGCUUCACGCCAGAGGAGGGUAAUGUGGUGGUGUUGGCUGAGCUGACUGGCCAGCAAUUGUUUGGCGUGCCUCUGUCGACUCCUUUGACAUCGCAGAAAAUAAUCUACACUCUGCCUAUGCUGUCCAUUAAGGAGGACAAGGGUACAGGCGUCGUCACUUCAGUGCCUUCGGAUUCGCCCGAUGAUUAUGCGGCUCUGGUUGAUUUGCAAAAGAAGGAGGCCUUCCGUCAAAAGUAUGGACUCAAGGAUGAGAUGGUGCUGCCCUACGAGCCCAUACCCAUUAUCGAUGUGCCCACGCUUGGAAAAUUAUGCGCAGUGCAUGCCUACGAAACACUGAAGAUACAAUCGCAAAACGAUAAGGACAAACUUGCUGAGGCCAAAGAGCUGUGCUACCUGAAGAGUUUCUAUGAGGGAGUGAUGUUGGUGGGUGAAUUCGCUGGCCGCAAGAUUCAGGACAUCAAGAAGGAUUUGCAAAAGAAAUUGAUUGAUGCGAAGGAGGGAGAUAUUUACUACGAGCCGGAGAAAACAAUUAUGUCGCGUUCAGCGGAUGAAUGUGUUGUAGCUCUUUGCAAUCAAUGGUAUCUCAAUUAUGGCGAGCCCGUGUGGCAGGCCCAGGCUACUAAGAUACUACAGGGGAUGGAAACGUUCCAUGAGGAGGCGCGCAACAAUUUCGAGGCUUGCCUCAAUUGGCUGCAUGAGUAUGCAUGUUCGCGCACCUAUGGUCUAGGCACCAAACUGCCUUGGGACGAGCAAUGGCUAAUCGAAUCGCUCUCCGAUUCGACCAUUUAUAUGGCUUUCUAUACGGUUGUGCAUUUGCUGCAGGGCGGUACAUUCCGCGGUGAAAAGUCCGGUCCCUUUGGUAUCUCGCCCAAGGACAUGACGCCCGAAGUGUGGGACUUUAUUUUUUUCAAGGAAACACCCUAUCCCAAGAGCUCGUCCAUUAAGAAACCACAUCUGGAUGUGCUGCGUCGUGAAUUUGAGUAUUGGUAUCCCAUGGAUUUGCGCGUCUCGGGCAAGGAUCUUAUCCAGAACCAUUUGACAUUCCUGUUGUACAAUCACGCCGCUAUUUGGCCCAAUGAUGACACUAAAUGGCCGAAGGGUGUACGCGUAAACGGCCACUUGCUGCUGAACUCGGCCAAGAUGUCCAAGUCUGACGGCAAUUUCCUCACCUUACAUGAAGCCAUCGACAAAUUUUCUGCUGAUGGAAUGCGUCUGUGUCUGGCCGAUGCAGGAGAUAGUGUGGAGGAUGCCAAUUUUGUGGAGAGCACCGCCGAUGCUGGCAUUUUGCGACUCUUCACCUUCAUCGAGUGGGUGAAAGAGAUGUUAGCGUCGCGUAUUUCCUUGCGUAAGGGCGAUCCGAAUACAUUUAACGACAAGGUCUUCAUUAGCGAAAUGAAUUUGAAGACGCAGCAGACAGAUGAGAACUACAAACGCAUGCUCUUUAAGGAGGCAUUGCGUUCGGGAUUCUAUGAGCUGCAGCUGGCGCGUGACAAGUAUCGUGAGUUAUGCGGCAAUCAGGGCAUGCACGAGCAAUUGGUGCUGGAAUUCAUUCGACGCCAGGCUCUGCUUGUGGCACCCAUUUGCCCGCACAUGGCGGAACAUGUGUGGGGUUUGUUGGGCAACAAGGACUCCAUAUUGCAUGCUCGCUGGCCGGAAGUGGGAGCUAUCAAUGAACUGGACAUCACAUGCUCCGAGUAUUUAAUGGAAGCGGCGCAUUCAUUCCGCUUGAACUUGAAGAAUAUGCUGCAAGUGAAGGGCAAGGGCGGCAAGGAUAAAGCUCUGGACACCCAGGCAGCAAAGCCGAAUCGUGCCCUAGUCUGGGUCGCCAAAACAUAUCCACCCUGGCAAUGCUGUGUGCUGAACACCAUGCGAGACUUAUACACCAAGGAGGGUCAACUGCCCGAUAACAAAGUUAUAGCAGCGACGCUGCAGCAGAAGCCCGAACUGAAAAAGUUCAUGAAGCGUGUGAUGCCUUUUGCACAAAUGAUACGUGAAAAGGUGGAGACGGGCGGAAAAGGUGUGGCAGCCCUAGCUGUUUCGGUGGAGUUCGACGAACGACAAGUACUGCUCAACAAUCUGGAUUAUCUCAAAAAUACUCUGGAUUUGGACAGUCUGGAGAUCAAAUACACCGAUGAUCCAUCGGCGCCUGAGAAAACGCGCGAGGAAGUCCGUCCCGGUUCGCCGUUCAUUGCUUUUAUCGUAUCGCCGCAUGUCACCGUUGAACUGACCAAUCCCAUAGAGCGCUCUGGACUAUUUCAAGUGAAUACCAUCAUUUCAGAAGGCGACACGGUGCGCACCCUCCAAGAGAAACUUGCCAAGAUCAUAGGACUCAAAACGGAACUGUCUUCUCUAAAGCUCUGGCGCUAUGAUGAUCCGCAACUGGGUCCACGCAAGCUUCCGAACUUCCAGGACUUUAAAACUGGGAAAUCGCUGCUAACUGAAGGUGCCUUCGUCUUGGAUGUGGCCGCCAAGCGAGUGAGCGUGGACUUGGGUGCCGGCAAACUGCUCGAGGUGGGCAGAAACUUUAUCUAUGUUGUGGAUUAGGGUCAAGGCACGCGCCCCUGGUGCGAUGCAUUUGACAUUAGCGUAAUUUAAUUUAUUCGUGCUGGUAACCUCCAGCUGUAUAACAGUUGACUGUAUAACCAUUAAAGAAUGAAAACUACGCAAA